AUCCCUAAACGUCACAGCGCUUCACCCCUCACGACACGAGUUCGCCCGCCGCUCGCCUAACCGUCGGCCUCCGACGUCCAUGCCCGUCCAGCCAUCUACCCACAGACUUCCGCACUCCAAAAUCCCAAUUUCAGGUGGCCUGAACUCGAAGUCGAAGUCGAUUAUACCGACCUCUACCUCGCCGGCACUUGUUCAAAGCUUCACCAGUUCUGUCUUCCUUCAAUUUGUGAGUCACAGAUUCUGGGGCUUGAAGACAAAGUUAUACUGGGUUGGUUUCUCAAUCUUAUAGGUUAAAAUGAAGCAAGUAUUUGUCAUUUUGAUAUGGUAAGAUGCUCAAUAGGCAAGUGUUUUGACAUUACCCGAUACAACUGUCAAGAAUUAAAAACAUUUUGCAAUCUAAUUAUAGCUGGGUUGCGUGUGAUGUCUAUGCCUUGGAGCUGAAAUAAGCCUUUCUGAUUGUACAUAUGUGCCACACGGCCAUACUACCUCUUCCCACCCGCCUAAGAAAAGUUGUUACUUGUAGGUGAUUUGUCAUGAAAGAGCCUCUUUGUUGUGAUUCUUGUGUACUGGGAGAGAGGUGCCAAACUGUUGUAUAGAAAGUCUCAAUUUUUCAAAUGGGUGCUCCUCUUGCACAUGAAGAGACCAACAAUCUCCUCUUCACUCCAUUAUCUAAAAAUUAGUGACUGUCGUCUGCUUUUGGGUUUUGAUCCAACAUAUUCUGGAUGUCGAAGAUAUCUGAGUGGGAGAGCCUCUCUUGUAGGUUCAACCAAUACCAGACCUUUUCCUGAUUAUUCCCCAAAGAAGUCUGCUAUUAAAGAUUCUGAAUUUGUGCGUCAAAUCUCCAAAACGAUAAAGCUUCGCCGUUCUGAGCCUCUUCGCCACAUUCUGAAACCUUAUGAAUCCAAAUUCAGGCCUGAUCAUCUGAUUUGGGUUCUUAUGGACAUAAAGAAUGACUAUGAACUGGUUUUAGAUUUCUUUAACUGGGCACGUCUGCGCAGAGACCCAACACUGGAGGCCCUUUGUAUAGUAGUUCAUAUUGCUGUGGCAUCAAAGGACUUAAAAAUGGCACACAGCCUGGUUCAUGAUUUCUGGGCAAAGCCCAAUCUGGAUGUUGACCAUUCUUUUGCAAAUUUUACUGAGCGGUUAAUAUAUACAUACAAGGACUGGGGUUCUGACCCUCAUGUAUUUGAUAUAUUUUUCCAAGUCUUAGUUGAAGGUGGGAUGCUUUUAGAAGCCAGACAACUUUUUGAUAAAUUGUUAAAUUAUGGUCUUCUGGUCUCUGUAGAUUCUUGUAAUUUGUUUCUAGCUAGGCUGUCAAACAAUUUUGAUGGAAUAAGGAUGGCAUUAAAGGUAUUUAACGACUAUCCAGGAGUAGGUGUUCCUUGGAACACCACAUCAUAUAAUGUCAUUCUUCAUUGUCUGUGUCAGUUGGGUAUGAUCAAAGAAGCACACCUUUUACUCAUACAAAUGGAAUUUAAGGGCCAUAUGCCUGAUAUUGUAAGUUAUAGCACUAUAAUUAGUGGAUAUUGUCUUGGACAGCUAGAGAAGGUUGUAAAGCUUGUAGAAGAGUUGCAGAGAAAGGGAAUCAAACCAAAUGAAUACACUUACAAUGAUGUAAUUCUUCUUCUUCGUAAGACUGGUAAAGUAGUUGAACCUGAUAAAAUCUUGUGGGAAAUGAGAAACCAGGGGAUAUAUCCUGAUCAUGUGAUCUACACAACCAUCAUAAGUGGUUUCUGCAAGUCUGGGAAUAUUUCAGCUGCAUACAAGUUCUUUAAUGAAAUGCAAGGUAAGAAAAUAAUACCUGAUUUUGUGACAUAUACUGCUAUGAUUCAUGGAUUUUGUCAAAAUGGGAAAAUGGCGGAAGCUCAAGAUUUUUUCAGUCAAAUGCUUAGUAAAGGGUUGGAAGUAGAUGAGGUUACUUAUACAGAACUCAUUGAUGGAUAUUGCAAGGCAGGGGAAAUAAAAGAAGCCUUUUCUUUACACAACCAGAUGGUUCAGAAAGGGUUGACUCCAAAUAUUUUCACUUAUACUGCACUGGUUGAUGGACUUUGUAAACGUGGAGAGGUAGAUGUAGCAAAUGAACUUCUUCAUGAGAUAUCUGCAAAGGGCCUACAACCAAAUGUUUGCACUUACAAUGCUUUCAUCAAUGGCCUUUGUAAGAUAGGAAAUAUAGAACAAGCGUUAAAAUUGAUGGAAGAAAUGGAACUUGCUGAAAUUUAUCCCGAUACUGUUACAUACACGACUCUUAUGGAUGCUUACUGUAAGAUUGGGGAAAUGGCCAAGGCUCACAAGCUGCUUCGCAAGAUGCUCGAUAAAGGACUUCAGCCUACAGUUGUUACAUUCAAUGUGCUAAUGAAUGGGUUUUGCCUGUCAGGAAUGCUGGAAGAUGGUGAAAGACUAAUUCAAUGGAUGUUAGAUAAGGGUAUAACACCAAAUGCUACCACAUUCAAUUCUCUUAUGAAGCAGUACUGCAUUAGAAAUGACAUGCGCGCUGCCACGAAUGUUUUCAGGAGUAUGCAUGCCGAGGGAGUGGCAGCCGAUGGUAACACAUAUAAUAUCUUGGUAAGAGGGCAUUGUAAAGCUAGGAAUAUGAAAGAGGCAUGGUUUUUGCAUAGAGGAAUGAUUGAAAAGGGAUUUGAUCUCACAGCCUCUUCCUAUAAUGCCAUUAUAAAAGGGUUCUUCAAGAGGAAGAAAUUUGUGGAGGCGAGGCAAUUUUUUGAUGAGAUGAGAGCAAAAGGAUUGGUAGCAGAGAAAGAGAUAUAUGAUAUAUUUUUGAUGUAAAUUAUGAAGAAGGGA